GGCGGCUAGAGGGUGUCAGGAGCGCCACAGGGUGGGGAGGCAGCAGCAGCGGCAGCAGCCCGACUGACCUGCCAGCUCCCUGGCCGCUGCAGAGGCAAAGUUGGCUGCCGUUGUAGUGCAGGGGUUGGGGCUGCUUUUGCAUCCCUCUCCCUCCUUCUCCUCCACCUCCUGGGGAGCCGGGCAGCUGUCCUUUCAGUCACACAUGUUACCAUGCUCUCUGAGCCUAGAGGCGCACGCAGCAGCCAUCCCUCGCGCUAGCCACCGGCUGGACUCCGAGCUCCUUGAUUCUGAACCCACCCUCCCUUCCCUGUGAGCUUGGAGAAGGAGGGUUCUUUUCGCUCCACCUCUCUAGGAGCCCCACACUAGCUUCUUCCCCGCCUCUUGUUUCGCCCCUCUCUGGGGUCCCCAAAGCCUGCGAAGCUGCUGCCCCGCGCCCGGAGCUCCCUGUGGCGCUCGGGGCGGCGCAGGGCUCCGGGUGCGGGUAAAGAAACCAGAGAGGGGCGGCCGCUGCCUUUCCAGCGAGCCGACUUAGAGCUCGCGUGGGAGACCAGAAGAGUGGGGCUUCGCACUGACCUGCGUGCCCCAGCUUACUGUAGGGGGAGCGGCGUCGACGAGGUUCUGCUCUCUGACUGCUGUUCGCUGGUUGCCCUGGGGUGAAGCUUCUGGGUCACCUUGUUCCUGGUAGAGAUAUAAUGGACAUGUCUAAUAGGAAUUUGGUGUCCAAGAUGAGUGAGAAGAUAACAAGAGAAUAUCUUUUUGCUUGGCGAAUUCAAGUAACCUCAACCAGGAAAAUGGGAGCCAUUAGGCAGAUGUGACCUGCGUUUUCAAGAUACCAGCUAAUAAUACUGAAGGAGAAGCAAAAACAAUAUGGAUGGCUUAAUUGAACAGAAUAGUGUACUAAUGCACAGUAAAAUCAGUGAAGCUGGGAAAAGGAACGGCUUAAUUAAUACCAGAAACUUGAUGGCAGAGAACAGAGAUGGCCUGGUAUCUGUUUACCCAACACCCCAGUAUCAGACUCACAUAGUGGGGAAUGUCUCAUCCCAGAGCUGCCUAGACAACAACAGGAAUGAUCCAGUGCAGCAGUUACUGGAUCCCAAUACACUUCAACAGACUGUGGAAUCUCACUAUCGCCCCAACAUCAUCCUGUACUCAGAGAAUGUGCUGCGUUCCUGGGGGGAGAGUGGCAGCUCGGACUGCUGUGAGACCACCUUUAUCGAGGACCGCUCACCUACCAAAGAUAGCCUGGAGUAUCCUGAUGGAAAAUUCAUUGACCUUUCUUCAGAUGACAUCAAGAUCCAUACUCUCUCCUAUGAUGUGGAAGAAGAAGAGGAGUUCCAGGAACUAGAGGUCCUUGAGAGUGACUAUUCGAGUGACACAGAGAGUGAGGACAACUUUCUGAUGAUGCCUCCACGGGAUCAUCUGGGCCUCAGUGUUUUCUCCAUGCUCUGCUGCUUCUGGCCUUUGGGAAUUGCUGCCUUUUACUUGUCCCAUGAGACUAACAAAGCUGUGGCCAAGGGUGACUUCCACCAAGCCAGCACCAGUUCCCGACGGGCACUCUUCCUGGCUGUGCUCUCUAUCACAAUUGGAACUGGCCUCUAUGUGGGAGUGGCUGUGGCACUGAUCGCCUAUCUCUCCAAAAACAAUCAUUUAUGAGCCCCUGGCAAAGGGAGUAAGAGGGAAGGACUCAGUGGAUGAAGAGAAACUGGAGCUGAGCUGAAAGUGAGAAGAUGAUCCCUGGUAUGGGGGACCAGGAAGACAAACCUAUGUGAUAGUGUUCAUUAUGAAUCACAAAACAACUCCAUGAAGCCCUGAAUUUUUGUAUCUGCAUUUUAUUUUCUUUCUUUUUGGCCUUUUAAAGGUCUUUUGCACCAUUGUGCUGAGCAGGAGACAGGAGAACUGAAUACUUUUAGAAAGAAGACUCCAGCAGUGAUCCCAAACUGUGAGGCACCUCUGGUUUGUUUCUGGCUGGCUAAAUAGUACUUUCUACAUGGCAUGCAUCAGAAGCACUGCUAACAGUGACAGCAAUAGGCAAACAGAAGAAUGACUUUAUUUCUGUGGACUACAGAGCUUCAAAGACAGAGAGUGCAAGGGAUACACCGUGAAUUCAUAUUGGCAAUGCUUGAUCCCUCUUGCACACCUUUCAUACCCCCAGAAGAAAGUGAUACACAAAAAUUAUCUCCCUGUCUUCUUAAGCUUGGGGUGAGGGGCUAACCAGCUCCCAGGGCCUGUCCCCAGCUGACAGUACCCCACGAGCCAGCCCAGCCCCUGAAUGCAGGACCAGAAUAGCAUGGAAUCUGUCUUCAUCUCCACCACUGCUUCUUCUCCAUGGUGACUACAAAAUAAGGCCAUAAUGGGCCUUCUCUGAGAGUUUUUAAGUCAGUGAGAGACCAGGUGCUUCGGUGAAAAGAGGAGAAUGGCAAAGAAAGGACUGGACCUAAACAGAAAAGAGGAGCAAAGCAUCCCUCCUGUGGACUCCUCCCUGUGCACAGCUGAGCCGAACACGCGCAUUGUAACCUCAUGGCAACAGAGCUUACCAACCCCAAGACUGGAGACUCAGCCUCAGAAUGAAGAAACAUUGGGACAUUUCUUUGCUUUGCUUUGUUGUCACUCACCUCAAUGAUAAGCAAUGUACCCAGCUAUCUUGUGAAGGAGUUGAGCGCUAUCCUUACUUGGUUGACUAAAUGAAUAGCUUAUUUUCUCUUCAUAUUUUUUUUAAAGUAGCAAUCAUUGCUUCGUGUUGCUCAGUUUAUCAGAUGAAUGCUGAGAAAGUAAUAAUCACAGCCAUUUUAAUACUGUUUCAUGUCUAUUUUCCCAGUGCUAUUUAUUUAACAAAAAAAUAUCUUUUAGGAUCAUUCCUUUGGUCUUUUCUUUUGAGUUUGUUUCAAGCGAUUGGCUUUAGUUCUAAAAAACAAAGAAACUUUUAAAAUAUCCCUAACCUUCUACCACUUGAAGCAAAUGUGCUAAGCUAUCUCUAUUAAGGCCAGAAUCCCAAAUUUCUCAGCUUUACACAUUAACAUCAAGAUCAUCAACUUGACAUUAAUGACACCCACAAGUACAUAAAAUGACAUCUGUAUGGGAUAAGCAAUUUCUCCCUACAACUUUCACUUGCUCAUUUGUCCUAGCUCCCCUAAAUAUCAAUAGUUCUUAUACUUGAGCACCUCAAGGUUAUGGAGAGAGACCAAGUGGCAUAGUGGGUCAAGGGAUGACUUCAGAGUCAGGAAGACCUGAAUUUAGCUCCUACCUCUGACAGCUGUCUUAAUAAACCACUUAACCCCUCAGUGCCACAGAGACAACUCAUUAAGACUCUAAGCUGUCAAUUUAUACCAGUUAAGGGAGAUUUGACACCCUGAAUUGACCACACUGAUAAAAUCACAAGUCUAGUCAAAUAUAUACAUAUACAUAUUUUAUACAUAUAUAGAGACACAUGCAUAUGUAGAGACACAUAUUUUAAAUAUAUAUAUGUACAUAUGCGCGUAUAUUUAAAAGAUUAUCAGAUAAAGUGAUAUAUCAUGGACUAAAAUCAUGGUCCAAACAUUUCAAUAGCCUGGUUGUCCCCUCUGGUGUCAGUGUUUAAAGGUUAGGAUCAGCUAGGUGGCACCGAGGAUACAGCACCAGACCUAGAGUAAGGAGAACCUGAGUUCAAAUCCACCUUAAGACAUUUACAUGUACCCAUGGCCAAGUCAUUUAACCUCAAAACAAAAAAAGGUUAGGGGUGAACUUAAUCUGAUUUUUGUCUAUGAUGAUCAGUUUAGUCUUCAAAGUGUGCCCCAGGGUCCAUUAUACAUAGUAGAUGAGCCUGAAUUCACCUGAUUCUUAUCCUUAAUAUUUUAAUAGACUCAGAUCCUUUUUGCUUUCAGUUUUCAUCUUCCCCUAAUUUAGUUAUCUUCCCUAAUCUCCCAGGUCAUUUUUGGUUGCCCUUUUCUAGAUUUUCUACAACUCUGUAGUAGGUUGUUUUGUUUUGUUUUGUUGAGACAUAAGGACAAGGAAAAGUAAAUUGGGUAUGAAUACACCACGAUUUUGCCAAUAUCAAAGCAUGCCAGAAGAAAAUCAGAAGAAAUGUGGCUCAAUAGUGGCUCAAUAAAUUCAAUAGAUAAUUGUGAAACACCUACAAUGUGUAAGGUCCUGUGCUAGUCACUAGGAUACAGAUAUACAUACACACAAAAGUUCCUGACCUCCAGGAACUUACCUUGUAAUGGGGAAUCUAAUACACACAAUGUAUUAUGAGUAAUACAAAAGAGAGCAAGGAGGCUGAUUAACUGUUUACCUUUCCAAGGGGCUGCCUGCUGUAACAGAUUAAAGUAGGUCAUUUCUAAGGUCCUCUCCCUCCCCAAUUCUAAGAUUUUACUUUAGGUAGUUGUUAAGUCAGUCUCGAGAACUCAACAAUAGACAAAAUGAAAAGGGAUGUGGAUGAAAUUUUAAAAAACAUUUUUAUGGGGCUAAAGAGACAUCCAGAGAAUCAAGAGAAAUAACAAACUUUCCAGGAUGAUAAAUGAAUGAUCAAAAUUUCACUAAUUCAUAUGGCUUGUGUUCUCAGUCUUCUAGAUCCUUUCAUCUCACCAUAUUUUAUUCUGCAGAUUUCUUUCUUUUCUGUUCUGUUCUUUUCUUUUUUGUUUCUUUAAACCCAGAAAAAGUGUUUACAUUUGGAUAUACAUAGUCACCCUGUGACUUAGCACAGAAGAAAGAACUUGGCUUGGUGGAAUUUCAAGAACACUGAUUUAGAACCAGAGCAACUGGGGCCUGGGUUCAAAUUCCAGCUACUGCUACUAACUCCUGAGUGACCUUGGACAAGUCACCUUUCUUUUCUGAGUCUUAUUGUAUUUGCAUAUAAAAUGAGGGCAUUGGACUAGAUCCUCCCUUAUAGAGGUCACAUGACAUAAUCACUACUUCUCUUUAUUGGAUCCCUUAAGUAUCCCUGCAUUAGAACAUUUUUAAAAUGCUUGAACACACACAGCUCUUUGAACACAGGUUUCCACUAGGGUGCACAUUUGCUAAGAAGAUGCCUUCGAUCUACAAAGUAUCUUGGUUAUGGUUUUGCAAAGUAAGAUAACUUAUUUGCUUAUCCAUGGAACACAUUUGGUGGAUGAAGGGUUAGGAGGAGAGGUAGGGUUCUUCAUGUUUCUUUUUCUUGUUUUUGUUGUUAUUAUUUGUUUGUUUGGGGUUUUGUUUGCUUUUUACCUGAGCCUUAGAGUCUCUUCCAAGAAUCAAAGAUCCCACAGAAAACGGUCCAAACUCUUUAUUUGCUACAGAGAGACCUGGACACAGUACAACAGACAGGUAUCUAGUCUGCAGUAAGGCCCCUCCCUUUAGAAGAACAGACCAAUGAGCAUAUAUUUUCCUUUCCUUCAACGUGCCAGGGCUACUUCUUUGUAUUCUGAAGUAUCCAAAACUGAUAGAAAGACCAUUAUGACUAUAAAAUGCCCUGUGGGUUACUUUUUAUCUAUUUAUUAACUUUUUUUUUAAGAAAACAAUUUCAGAGUUGAAAAAGGCAGCAGAGAGUUCUUCUCGCAUGCCUCACUUGAUGAACAUUUCCAUUUUCUUGUUGGCAAAUGUAUAGUUCAUAAUGUAGGCUUGGCCUCAGAGGACCCACAGAGAGUGCCAGUUGGUGUAAACAUGGGAUUGCCAAUAAAUACAGAGACUCAUUUUGCACUGUGGGCAAGAGUUUGCACAAAGAUGUAAUGAAUACUGCUAAAGAGGAUCCAGCUCUUAUGGAAGACAGGAGAGAGCCCUAGGAAAAUUUGGAUAGCCAAUAAAUCAAAACACAGCACCAACCAAGUUCCCCCCUUGCCUUAGUACACUCGCCCAUCAAUCUCAUUCACAUGGAUCUUUGAAUUUUAAGUGACUCAAUAAAGCAGCCUUCCAAUUUGCCAUUGUCAGUUACCAUUCACUGCUCACUCACCUCUCUAGAGGGUACAAACUAACCUUUGGGAAACAGCCUAUAAUGAGGAAGCCAUGCUUGUGCCUGACCUCCUUGGCUUGUAAUCACCGGUAGCCUUAAGUAUGAAUGGCUAAAUUGUCUCUUUGUCAGAGACAUUGGUGGCAAAUGAUGUCUAGGACUGAAGACUGGGCAGUAAUUGAGAAUCUAUUGUGGCUUUUUGUGGCUUUUUUCCCAAAAAAAAGUAUUGAUUCCUUUUAUUUUUUUAACACCAAAGUCAUUUCCUGGCACUUCGCCCAUCUCUCCAAUAUUGGAGUGGGGGAUGGAGGUGAUCGAAGUUGCAGGCACUGGGGGGAGGGGCAGGUAGGAGGAAGAAUCCUUCCUUGUACUAAAAAAAAAAAAAAAGCAGUUAUUCAAAACUAACUGACACUGGGUUUGUCAGAGUAUACCAAGAGUAUGACCACCAAGAGUCAUUAUCCAAGAGUAGUGACAUAAAUAGGAUCAUAAGCUGUACACCCAGAUCUAGAAAGACAUCAUGAAGCCCCAAACCUUCAUUAUACCAACAUGGAAUUUGAAUACCAGAGUGCAGGGUAUGAAAUAAUUUGCCUAAGGUCACACAAGAUAGCAACACAAUUUGAAUUUGAAUUCAGCUACUAUGACUCUAAGUUAGAUGUUCCUACUACCCACAAAGGCCAUAAGAGAUGCAAUAAAUUGAGGCAAAGUAGAAUUCCACAAUACUUGAAAGAAAAAUUUAGAAGGGACAAACAUCUUUAGCUGGGCCAGAUUGGGAGAAGGGGAGAAAUCAGGGAAGGCUUCAUGAAGGAGAUGGCCCUUAAGCUGAGUAUUAACACAAGUGGUCCAAACUGGUCUUGUCCUUCAGAUUGCAUGCCACAUUUAAACUGCCACCAGUGGUUCUCCAUUUAGAAGCAAGCAAACUGAGUGCUCCCAUGGUGGCAUGGCCUUACUCCUAUCAAUCUCAUACACUUUCAGGCCCCCCCAUUAACAGUCUCUCUGUGUCCUGGAAUCCCUUCUUCCCAAACUUGUGGGGUAAGACAAAUAAUUCCAUGCCCUUUCACUUCAAGCAGAGGUAGCAUGAGACAGAGGAAAGACCACUGGUUCUGGUCUCAAGAGACCAGAGACAAAGUUGCAGCACUUCCACUAACUAGAUGUAUGAAUUUGAACCAGUCACCUAUCCACUCCAGGCCUCAGUUUCCCCAUCUGUAAAUAGUAAUAAUAAUAGAUAACCUUUACAUAGUGUUUACUAUGUGACAGGCACUAAGUGCUUAACGAUUAUUAUAUAACAAAAACCUUGAAAGGUAGGUACUGCUAUCAUCCCCACUUUACAAAAGGGUAAACUGAGGCAAGGUGAAGUUAACUGACUUGCCCAGGAUCACA